CUACAGACGUAAGCAACCGAGCACCGAAAGAUGGAUGCGGCAUGGCUACUGUGUUUUGCGUUUGCUUUUCUACACGAGUUUCGCAGUAUUCAGGGCAAUCAAGAGGAAUCUGCUGUGAAAAGCAAGAAAUAUGAGACAGAAGUAUUUGAGGCUGUGAAGAAUUACACACCCUGUAAGCAGCACAACUGCAGCUGCUAUCAAAGUGUUCUAGAAAAUGACCUGUUGCCUUUCCAAGAGGGGAUCUCUUUUGAAUUACUUUCAUCAGCAGUAAAUCGGGGUGUUGGAACACAUUACCAGAUAAUCAAGAACAGACUCUACAGGGAACAGAACUGUAUGUUUCCAGCAAGAUGCAGUGGGGCAGAGCACUUCAUUUUAGAGGUGAUUGACAAGGUUCCAGAUACCGAGCUGGUAAUUAAUGUUCGUGAUUAUCCACAAGUUCCAAAAUGGAUGAACCCUACGCAGCCUGUAUUUUCAUUCAGUAAGACUUCUGAGUAUCAAGAUAUCAUGUAUCCAGCAUGGACAUUUUGGGAAGGGGGCCCUGCUGUGUGGCCCAUCUAUCCUACUGGCUUGGGACGAUGGGAUGUUAUGAGAAAGGAUUUAGAACAGUCUUCACUUCAAUGGCCCUGGGAGAAGAAGAUUUCGAAGGGUUUUUUCAGAGGAUCAAGGACCAGUUCAGAGAGGGAUCCUCUGAUUUUGCUGUCAAGGGAAGAUCCUGAGCUUAUUGAUGCUGAAUAUACUAAAAAUCAGGCAUGGAAAUCUGAAAAGGACACUCUUGGAAGACCUCCAGCAAAAGAAAUACCAUUAGUAGACCACUGCAAAUACAAGUACCUUUUUAACUUCCGAGGAGUGGCAGCCAGCUUCAGGUUUAAACAUUUGUUUCUUUGUGGGUCAUUGGUCUUCCACGUGGGUGAAGAAUGGCUUGAAUAUUUCUACCCCUCAAUGGCACCAUGGGUCCAUUAUAUACCAGUAAAACCAGAUCUGUCUGAUAUAAGAGAUCUUCUCCAGUUUGUAAAAGAAAAUGACAAGCUUGCACAUGAAAUUGCAAAAAGGGGGCAACAGUUCAUUUUAGAAAAUUUGCGGAUGGAAGAUGUAUCCUGCUACUGGGAGAAACUCCUGAUUGAAUAUUCUAAACUUCUCACUUAUCACCCAGAAAAGAAGAAAAAUUACAAUGAGAUCAAGACUAAAAAUAUCAAAAUUGAACUGUGAUUAUUAAAAUCACCACUGCAUGAUUUUUUGUCAGUAUGGUAUUCUCAGAAAAAGGGAAUAAUCAUGUGAAUAUGCAACAUUGCACAGGAUCUGCAAUACAAGAAGGCAUUUUGGUGCUGCUGUUGGAUAAUUUUUCAUUUUUUCAUUCUCUCAGAAACUUAUAGAUAAUAACAUUUUAUUUCACAAAAUCUUACAAUAAUGUCUCGGAAAAUGAGUAAACAAAGUCUUUUCUAAAUAACUGCUCAUCACAUUUCUACCUCACUAGUCGAGACUUCUUAGCAGUUUAAAGAAUAUUAGUGCUUCAGUAACUUCAUGGUGAAAUGGUAUUCCAUAUUUUCCUACUUAAAAUCCCCAAUAGAAAUGGGUAUUUUUCUAGGUGAAAGCUAAGUCCAGAAAGAUGUUGGGGGAAUAGUUUCAAAAGGAUAAAAUAAUAGAAACAGAAGCAGUCAUAGAUUUUAAACUUAAAAUCGUUGAUGUUAUUCUGUAAACGUGUUUGUAUAGAUUUAUUCUAGAGAAUAAAGAGUUUGUAAUUAAAGACAGAUCGAAAAUGUACCAUAAUGUUUACUAUUAUAAAGGAGU